AUGAAAGCAUUCCUUCUUAGUUUUGCAACAUUUCUUCUUUGUCCAUUAUUUCUACAUACGAUUCCAAUAACGAUUAAUAAUCUUAAACCACGCUUGGAUAUUCACGGUAACAUUAUCGAUGCACAUGACGGAAGUAUACAGCAAUUCGAAAGAAACGGACUGUAUUAUAUGCAUGCUAUGCAAUAUGGACUUUGUCAAGAGCCGCCGAAAUACGGUUGCGAUGGAGCAGGCAUGGAAAGUAAAUGUGGUUUUCAAAUGAAUCAUAAUAUUAGUAUCUGGACAUCACCAAAUUUAACAACAGGAUCAUGGUCAUACGCUGGCAAUGCUAUUGAUGUCUCCGAUCGACCUGCAGGCGUAGUUUUUCGACCACAUCUUGUGUAUAAUCCGAACACAAAAUUAUAUGUUUUGAUUUGGAAUUACAUGCGAUGGAAUCUGUCAAGUUUGUACGCUGUAGCGAUUGCGGAAAAACCUGAAGGACCAUUUCAACUGGUUAAUCCAGCUUUAAAUGUUUCUCGAGGUGGCGGAGGUGAUUUUGAUAUAUUUGUUGACGAUGAUGGAACUGGUUAUAUUGUCUACUCUCAAAAUUACUAUAUGAGUGUUGAACAGUUGACGCCGGAUUUUUACUAUUCCACGGGUAAAUCAUACAUGUUUCAAGAGUAUUUCGUUGAGGCACCAGUCUUUCUCAAGAAAAACAACAUUUACUAUGUUCUGUUUGGUUGGUGUUGUUGUUAUUGUAUGCAAGGCAGUGGAGUUUUAGUUCAUACAUCGAACAGUCCCAUGGGGCCAUAUACGCUUCAAAUUGAUGGCGAUCUUGCCUGUGUAUCAACAAGCGAUGCGAAGUCGACGUCAAGCAACGGUUUGCCUACUCCUAGUCAAGGCUGUGAAUUUCAUAAUGCGAACACAACAUCUAUCGCUCGAUCUCAACAGAAUUACAUUAUUAAAGUGACGAAUUCGAGUGGUUAUACAACAUACGUAUGGACAGGUGACAGAUGGCAACAGGCACCCGAUGGAAUAAAGGGUCAUGAACCACAAUUUUGGACACCAUUGAAUUUUGAUAAAGAUGGAAGAAUCGAGAAGAUGAAAUGGAUAGAUGAAUUUGUUCUCGAUGUAUGA